AUGAAAAAAUUAGAUAAUUAUAAAGCUCAAAAUUAACAUAAUAAAUUGCGUAAUUAGAAUAAUAAUAAUGGUAAGUUGAUUAAUAACAGCAGUUCUGGCUUUUAAAAUUAUGAAGAAUCUCUCGAUGAUGGUUAGCAUAGGUUUCAGUAAAUUGCAUUAAAUAAUACAAAUGAUCACUUCGAUUUAGAUCGAGUUAACCUGAGAUAAGAGUCAACAUUAAGAACUGAAAUAGUUCAUGAUUCAGUGGAAGAAGGCCCUUAAUAUAUCUAAAUCGAUUUAAAUGGAAGUAGCAAUAAUAAUAAAAAUUUAUAAGUUCAGCAAAAAGAUGAUAAAUAAUCAAAUCAGCAAAUGAUUCUUUCGACAUUUAACGAUUAUCAUUAGUAGUUCCAAACUAACCAGAACAUAAAUUAAAAUACACAGUAAACAACUUUAGUAGAUAUUAAUUUAAAUGACUAAGAGUAGUAAGAAAGGAAGUAAUAACUUCUUUCUAAAAAAGCUGAUAACCAAUCUCAUAAUAUAAAAAAAGAGGGAACUGGAGAAUUCAAAAUUUAAGUAAGUUCUAACUAAAAAUAUUUGUAAUCAAAUGCUCAUAGUUAUUCUCAAUAUGAUGAAAACUCUAAUGUUAAUAAUUAAAACUAUGAAUUUGAAAGAAAUUAGAAACAUUAAGUCACAAGGAAAUAUAAUUUCUGUAAUCCAUAAAGUUUGCAAAAUAUUCCAGACAAUUCCUUAGGAGAACAAAGAUCAAACAGAGGAGUGGUUAACAAUAUUAAGAGUAGGUAAAGGAUCAGCAACGUUACUUUAAGCUACUUUGAUAGAAUUAAGAUCAUGGCUCAAAUAAAACCAAAAAUAAAAAAAUUCUUUGAUAAUAAGACAAUAUUUGGUAUGACAAAUCAACUAAAUAAUGUUAUUAGGAACUAUAUUAACGAUUCCAGUGAUUAUCAUGUAGACAAAAAAAUAGGAUCUAACUUCGUAAUUAGCAUGUUUAAAAAUUUUCUCUACAAAUUAUAUCUUUUUUCUUAAUUAUACAAAUUACCGCUUUUCGAUCCUGAAAGUAGAAUUAAGGUUAUCUUUAACUCUAUAAUUGUAACAUAUAACUGCUUUUACUUAUUUAUUAUAUCUCUUAAAGUAUUCUUUUAGGCUGAUUUUGGUCAUAAUGGAGAAAUCUUCCAUAUUGUUGCCAUAACAGCUUGGGUUAUUGAAAUGGUUAUGGAAAUGAACACAGCUAUGUACCAUAAUCACUUGUUUGUCACAGAUAGGAAAAUAAUUAUGAAGAUUUAUUUUAAAGAAUAUUUUUUCUAUGAAAUUUUACCUCUAAUUUUCGAAGGAAGAAGCUCUGAUAAUAUAUAUAUGAACAUAUUUCUUCACCUCCCUCUUCUUUUAAAAAUCAAGGGAAUGAUGAUAAAUUUAGAGAAGCUCGAGUUUUAUAUUUUAUAGCUAAUAAACAAACAGCAUUUCUUUUUAUUAUUUAAAUUAAUUAUGUAAAUGCUAUUAUUAGGCCACAUUGUUGCAUGUCUUUGGAAUUGUGUAGCCUAUAUUGAAGUAAAUAUUUUAAGCAAAGAAUAUACUUGGUAUUAAGCUAGUCGUAUUAUUGAUGGUGAUUGGUGGAAAACAUAUCUUUAUGCAUAAUAUUGGGCAUUUACAACUAUGAAAAACAUAGGGACAACCCCUAAUACAGAGGCUGAAUUAGUUUUCACUUCUAUUUGUAUGAUUUUAUCAUGCAUUGCUUUUGGUUAUCUGUUAAAUGCAAUAGGAAAUAUUAUUCAGGAUAUGGCUUAAAAAGACGAAAAUUAUAAAAAAGACCUAAGUAUACUCAAUUCCUACAUGAAAAGAAGAGAAAUUAACUUAGGUUUGAAAAGAAGGGCAAAUAUUGAACUUAAAAAAUUCUAUGAGCAUCAAAGCAAAGAGUAAUUCUCAACUGAAAAAGAAAUAAUUGGCAAACUUAACUAAAAUAUGUCCAAUGAAAUUUAAGUUCAAUCUUCCAAAAAAAUUUUAUAAAACUUUCCCUUUUUUUACAAGCUCUUCUCUGAUUAAACAAUCAUGAAAUUGUAUGGAAUCAUGGAAGAAGUUAUUUUAGCACCUUCUUAAAUAGUCUUUGAUCAGAACAAUUACAUAGAUGAGAGUUACAGUGUUUAUCUAAUUGUCUAGGGAAGUGUGCUGUACUAUGCAGAAACGUUAGCUGAGCAUGAGGAGGAAAACUACAAUCUAUAGACUUUACCUACAAUUUAUUAAGAGAAGUCUAUGAAGGAUUUAAAAUAAGCAAUUUAACCAAUUCCAAAUAGACACAAUCAUCACUACAAAAAAAAGGUGAAAGUGCUAACUAAAGGAUAGAGUUUUGGAAUUGUAGGCUUUUUUACUGGUAAAUAAAGAGUUCUUAAUGUUUAAAGUAAUGGUUAUUCCACAGUUAUGAAAAUAGAGAGAAAUAAAUUUUUACAAAUUCUAGAAGAAAACAAAAAUGAUUAUGAAAAAUUCAUGGAAGUUAAAGACAAACUAUUAUUUGAGGGUGUUUUUGAAGAUUUAAAUUUAUUUUGCUACAUAUGCAAUAGUAGGGAGCAUUUAAGUAAUGCAUGCAAUAAAGUUCAUUUUGAUAAAAAGAAUUAGCAUAUAAUUUAUAGAUUUAACCAUAGUGCUUUUUAGUAAAGGAAAAUAUGUGAACGACAAAGGCUAAAAACAAAAUAAACUCUUUUUGAAAGGUCUCACGUAUCCAAGGCAGUAGAAAAUAUCAGAGAAGAAUAUAGUUUUUUAGAUCUUACAUAAAAUAUUGAUGAAGCUGAAUAAGAAUCUUUUUAUGAAUCAAGUUAGCGACUAGGUGAUACCUCUCCUAAUAAUCAACCUCCACGCUCAUUUUCAGCAAAUUAGUAAGAAGAGAUAAAUAGCAGUAAUAAUAUUCAGCAGCUAAUAAAUAAUAAUCAAAGUGUAAACAACAAUGAAUAUCAAUCUAAAACAAAAAUAAUAAGUAAUGAUGAAGAAAAUAAUCAAUUUGAACAGUGUGAAAGUGAAUUGAUUUAAGCUGUAAACACUUAAAUGAAUUAGGCUAGAUUAUCCACAUACCAAAAUUAAGACACUACUAAUGAUUUAAAAAUGAAGUAAAAUGAAAAUCUCAAGGUUUUACGUCCAACUAAAUUUUCUGAGAGAGAUGCUAUUUGUACUGAUAGAGAAAAUAUUUCAGAAGAAGGGAAUAAUGAUAUCUUUGAUUAAUCUAGACGACUUUCUUAACUGCAUAAAGAACAUUUAAUAAGUAGCUAGAAAAAAAUAAAUGGAUCACCUAGAAAGAAGAAAACAAGCUCAUUAAUUUUCGAGGAUUCUUUAAUCCUUGGAGAAUAAAAGAAAACACAUCAGCAAAAGGAUUCAUUAAAUAAUUUUGUAAAAAAUAUAGUUUCUUCAAUUCAAGAACAGCUUAUUUAUGGUGGUAGCACACAAAUGGUUACAUUCUAGAAUUAGUAAAAUAAAAUUUAGUUUUCUGAUAUGGUGUCAUUAUCAGAUAAUAAGCAAGAAUAGGAUAAUAAGUACAGAGUUGCUAAAAAAAGCAAGCAUUAUGCUAACAAUAAUAAUAGCAAUAAAAUGUUAGAUCAGAUCAAUUACAAAACUUAGCAAACUAUGGGUAAUGGGAUUUAGCAAAAUAUUUAUGGAAAUAAUAAUAAUAUUCCAAAUGGAUAAAUUUUCAACUAAUUUGAAAAGAUGAAAACAUUAGGAAUGAAUCUGAAUCGAAUUGGAACAAACUAAUCAUUUAGAAAUUUGUUAUUUUUACAGCAUCAGUAAGCAAUUUAGGAAUAGCAGAGCUUUAUUUACAAUUUAGAUGUUAUGAAAAAUUAUUCUUUUUAUUUCCCCCAAUAUAAUAGUUAAGAAGUAAUAAAAAGACAUAAUGCUGCUUUGUUCAAACUCUAAAAGAAAAGAAAAAUUGAGAAAAAAAGAUAAAAAACCUAAAUAGAUUUAAGAAAAUUAAAAAAUAAAAAUUCAAAUAGAAUAGAUGCGUUUAAUAUUAGUUGA